AGGAAAACCAUAUUUACGUAACUGUAGCCAUUUACAAUACAGGUUACACUGCAAGGUCAUUACCAUUGCUGCUGCUAUUACAGCUGUGCUUUCAGUUGUUAGUGCUGCUCCCGCUGCCAAGAAGGCCAAAGUUGACGCUACUACUUCCACUGGUUUGGAGAAGAUCAAGUACUUCGUGUACUUCAUGCAAGAGAACCGUUCAUUCGAUCACUACUAUGGUACUAUGGCCGGUGUCCGUGGUUUCAACGACCCCAAUGUUGGCAUCCAGUCUAAUGGAAACAACCUUUUCUACCAGCCCGAUCCCAACAGCUCUGAUCUCAAGAAUGGCACCAAGUACCUCUUGCCUUUCCAAUUUAAGGGCAACAGAGCCGGUUGUACCGCCGGUGGAAGCAAUGGCUGGACCCAAAACCACGCCGCCUUGAACGGUGGUUUGAACAACAACUGGCCCUCUGGCAACAGCCCCAUGUCUAUGGGCUAUGAAAACAGAACCCAGAUUCCUUUCCACUUCGCUCUUGCCGAAGCCUUCACCAUUGGUGAUAUGUACUUCCAAUCUGUUACUGGCCCAACCAACCCUAACCGUGUCGUCUGGAUGUCAGGCACAAACAGCAAUGGUGGAUACACAUUGGAAGACAACACCGAAAGCCCUCUUCUCAAGUGGAACACCUAUCCUCAAAACCUUACCACUGCUGGUGUCAGCUGGCAAGUGUACCAAGACAACGAUAACUUCGAUGAUAACGCUUUGGCUUGGUUCUCCUACUGGAACGGUCUCCCUGCCGGUACCGAAAAGAGCAAAGGUCUCGGUUUCCUUGGUCUCCAAGACUUCUACAACCAUGCCGGUAAUGGCACUCUUCCUCAAGUCAGCUUCAUCGUUGGACCUACUGAGCUGAGUGAACAUCCCAGCAACACCCCCAUGGCCGGUGCCUGGCUUCAACAGCAAGUCGUCAAUGCUGUCAUGAACUCUCCUUUGUGGAACGAGACUGCCUUGAUUAUCAACUACGAUGAGAGCGGUGGUUACUUUGACCACGUUGUUCCUCCCCAAGCUCCCAAGAGCGACUGGGUUAAGGACAAGUUCAACGGCGCUACUGUUCCUAUCGGUUAUGGUCCUCGUGUUCCUUUCGUCUGCGUUAGUCCCUUCUGCAGAGGUGGAAACGUCUUCACCGAAGUUGCCGACCAUACCGCUACUCUUCGUUUGUUGGAAGAGUGGGUUGGCAAGAACGCUAAUGGCGCCUACAAGGCACCUGCUGGCUUGAUCUCUGCUUGGAGCCGUAACACCACCUCCAGCUUGAUCAACGUGUUCGACUUCGAGAACCCUGAUUACAGCAUCCCUGUUCUUCCCACUGUUGCCAAGCCCGCUCAAACCUCCAGCGGCGCCUGGGAUCCCACCGAGAUGUGCAAUGCGUGAGUACACAUGACUGGAAGACUAAUUUAGACUUUUACUAACUACUAUAAAAGCUUGACCGAUCCUAAGAGCACUCCCCCCUAUGGCAAGCAAACCUUCCCUGUUGUUGA